ACCCUUCCAAAUACUUUUACACUCAGACCUACCCACGGGACAAUCCUAUCCACUCAUUUCUGAAUAGUUGCGCCGCGGGCUGGCGGCAUUCAUCCCCGAUGUGUGGUUCCUCGUGUCGUCGAUUGGCCUCAAGACUUGUCAAUCACGACCAGCGGCACCUCGUUGGUCUUCGGGGGAUUCUGCAACCGCGAUCCAGCAAGACCAGCGCAUCGGGUCUCGCAAACACCAACCACAACCACAACCAUGGCCGCCACCAAACAUUUCACAGCAGCCGCCCCCAGAAUGCUGCUGCCAAAUCUAGCAUCCCGGAAGUCAAGACCAGGGUCAGGAAGAAGAAAACCUCCCUCAAGCUAGAGGAUCUGCCUCAAGGCCUCGUCCAGGCGGAUGGGCCCCCGGUAUUGGAGCCUCUGGACGAAGGUCCUGCGUACCCGACGGUGGUGCUGCAGGCCCAUCGCAACAUGCAGAGAUUUGAGAACUGUGUGCUUUUGACCCGAGUAGGAGGCUUCUAUGAGCUGUAUUUCAGCCACGCAGAAGAGUACGGGCCGUUGUUGAAUCUCAAGGUGGCCCAGAAGAAGACAACGGCCGGUCCGGUUCCGAUGGCCGGCUUCCCCUUCUUUCAGUUGGAUCGGUUCCUCAAAACCCUGGUGCAAGAGUUCAACUGCUAUGUUGCCAUCGCUGAGGAAUUCCCCAACGAUGCAGGGGAUAAGGUCAGUUCCAAUGGCCUUAUGCAUGAUAGGAAAGUGACGAGGGUCAUCACGCCGGGCACACUCAUAGAUGAGAAUUUCAUGGACCCAUAUGCAAACAACUACAUCAUGGCCAUUCAUCUCGCCCAACCCAUUGAGGUUGAGGGUGAAGUAGUCGAUGAACCUGGUAUUGCUGCAGCAGCAUCUGACCAGGCUUCGCCUACAGGUGCUUCUAUAGGUCUUGCAUGGCUUGACAUAUCGACUGGACAGUUUUACACCCAGUCGACAACAAUUGCCUCACUUUCUUCCAUUUUAUCCCGAAUUGGCCCAAGGGAGAUCGUGAUCGACGCAACCCUGCAGUCUCAACCCGACCACAUGUUGUUCUCCAUCUUGACUGAAGACAAGAAUCUGAUCACCUAUACACCCCAUACAGAAACCCUCCCCACAGCUGAAUGGACGUCCAUGCUCGAGACAGAGAUUCCAGCGCAUACUGUGAGCAGCUUUACUCCGAACGAAGUCCAAGCCGGCAGUUUGUUGCUCCAAUACGUGAGGGAGCGUCUCUUAGGCCUGAGCAUGAAGCUUCAACCGCCAAUCCGGCAUGAAAGCAUGCAAGUCCUCACUAUCGAUAAGAACAGCAUGCGUUCCUUGGAGAUCAAGCAAACCAUGCGGGAUGGUGCCUUCCGGGGAAGUCUACUGCACGCCAUCCGAAGAACGGUGACCAAGAGCGGUGCCCGGCUCCUGAACGAAUGGGUCAGCGCGCCCUCAACAUCGCUAGCGACCAUCUCACAAAGGCAAGACCUAGUGGAAUAUUUUAUCAAACACCCAGAUCUCCGCGAUGAGGUUGUUCAACUGCUGCGUCGGAGUCACGACUCACAACGACUUGUCCAGAAAUUCGCCUUUGGUCGCGGAGACCCAGAUGAUCUUGUCGGCCUGGCUAACACGGUCCGAGCAACCGAAGACAUCGUCCAGCUACUUGCCACUGCCUCUUCCGAAUCAGGUAAAAGCCCUUUCACAUACCUGCUCGCACGUAUCAACCUUGACUCCCCUUCGACCUUAGCCGACAAAAUCCGCAAUGCCAUCGACGAAGACGGCAUAUCCGCCAAACACGAGCUCGAAGUCUCGGAAACCGCCACGCUGCUUUCUCUGGCCACUGAAAUCGUCUCCGCCGAAGGCAACUCCGAGGACGCCGCCCUGCUUCCCAAAUCCCCCAAGCUCACCAAGAAGGCCUCCUCGAAACCAACCUCGAUUCGUGACCACUACGCCGACGACAACUUAACCUUCAUGAUGCGGGCCAGCGCCAGCCCAGGACUCCAAAGCCUACACGCCGAGCUCAACUCCCUCCUCGAGGAGAAAGAAACCCUAUGUUCAGACCUCUCCACCCGCCUCGGCGUCGCGAGCCUCACCCUUCGCUGGACGCCGACACUCGGCCACAUCUGCCACGUCAAGGGAACCAAAGACGUGCGCAAAAUGAACGAAGUAGCACCCUCCACCUUCCAAGCCGUCUCCUCCUCCCGCAGCACCCGCGCCUUCCACGUGCCCGAGUGGACGCAUCUGGGCCAGCGCAUCCACCAAACCCGCUUCCAGAUGCAAAGCGAAGAAACGCGCAUCCUGUCGGACCUGCGCGGCCUCGUAGUCCUCAAUCUCGUCAAGCUCCGCCGCAACGCUACUGCCCUCGACGAGCUCGAUAUCAGCACCUCAUUCGCCCGCCUCGCGAGCGAACAAGCCCUCGUCCGCCCUUCCAUGAACGACACCGUCUCGCACAUCAUCGUCGGCGGCCGCCACCCAACCGUCGAAUCCGGCCUUCGCGAGUCGCAAGGACGCACUUUCACCGCGAACGACUGUCUCGUCGGCACGGCAGGGGAAGGCCGCCUCUGGCUCAUCACGGGACCAAACAUGGCAGGCAAGAGCACCUACCUGCGCCAAAACGCGCUCAUCACCAUUCUUGCGCAGACGGGGUGCUACGUGCCCGCGCAUUUCGCCUCCUUGGGCGUCGUCGAUGCCAUUUUCUCCCGCGUUGGGUCCGCCGAUAACCUUUACCGCGACCAGAGCACCUUCAUGGUAGAGAUGCUAGAGACGGCACAGAUCCUGCGGAGCGCGACGCCGCGCUCCUUCGUCGUCAUGGACGAGAUUGGUCGGGGCACAACACCCGAAGACGGCGUCGCAGUCGCGUUUGCGAGUUUGUUUCAUUUGGUCAUGGUGAACAAAUGCCGGGCUUUGUUCGCGACGCAUUUCCAUAGAUUGGCGGAGCUAGUGGAGAAACGGGGGAUGCAUAUUGCGGACGGAGGGUAUGUCGAGACUUAUUGUACGGAUGUGGAGGAGGAUGGCACGGGGAGUUUUGUUUAUAUUCAUAAACUACGGAAGGGGGUCAAUCGGCAGAGUCAUGCAUUAAAGGUUGCUAGGCUGGCGGGGCUGCCCGAGGCGGCUAUUACGAUGGCUAGGGAGAUACUUGGGCAAGGGGUGGAUGCAAAGUUGGAUCACAAGGGAGAGACAAAUACAGGCUCCAUCGCAGAAGCUGCAAGAUAAGAGAAGACAGGUUGCAAUACAGAGUACGUUGGGCCUAAUGGAUUUCUAUGAGUUAGCACUUUCUUCUCGUGUAUAAUAUUUACUGUGUAUAAUGGUACAGGAAUAAUGAAUGUUCUCAUACGUGUUGUUAUACAUGGUAUCAUCAAAGAAUGAUCAGGGUUAAAAAGCUCUUGUGUUUAUUUUAAU